AUGGAUGCCGUGAGCCAAGGAGUGCAACAGGAAGAGGUUAGCUAUGAUACUUACAGGAUCUGGAAGCGUAAUUGCAUAAUCCUUUAUGAUCUCUGCAUAUCUCAUAUCCUUGUUUUCCCCACCCUUACCUUGGGGUUUCAGCCAUAUGUGUCUGAAACGUUUAUCACACGUUCUCUUAGUACUACUGAAAAGAAGAAGAAUACAGGCGCGACCAACAAUCCUUCCAGUAACUCUUACGCAAGCAUUGGCUUCAUUAUCGGAACUAACACUCCCACCACUGGAAGCGACCGAGAGCAAAACUACCUGUAUGUCAAGGAGCUUGCACUGCCAUGUGCCAAUCAAACCAUAGAUAGUGACUCCAUAAUCAAGCGGGACACCGGGGUCAUCGUUGGUGGGUACGGAUCGUCUCCCGUAGACAAGCUGGGGUCUUUUCACGAUCUCCACUGGAUAACCUUUCCAUCCGAAGCCAACGCUAUUGCAUGCUGUCCCCACGACAAGAACCUCAUAGCAGCUCUUUCAAACGACUCUGUCUAUCUCUAUGAUCUUGUUAAUCUGAAGCGGUGCAGUAAUGAGCCAGAGGAUAGUACACCGGUAGCCAUGCUGGAGGGUUUAGAGACAGAAGGAUUCUCUUUAAAGUUUAGCACUACCUGCCCAUUCUUCCUGGCAGGAGCUGACCGUAAUGGAAACGUGUGUUGGUGGGAUUGUAGUGCAUGUAAGCUUCUUGGAAAGAUCAAACUGCAAUCAGAUAUUAAUGGUCUUGCUAUCCACAAUCACUGUCCAGUCUUAAUUAUAGUUGUUACAGAUGGUGGCGAAAUAGUUCUGAUAGAUACUAGGGUCAGCAAAGUCUUAAAAUCUUACCAAUUUAACAUCUUACUCAAGCGGAAAGAUACAGAACCACCUCUAAUUCCGACGGCAAUUGCCCUGUCUCCACACGACGAGUUCAGUGCAAUCAUUGCAGAUAGUAGUGGGACGCUUCACCUUUUUAAUCUAUGCUCCCUAGAGAGUGGGCCUCUUAAAUCAAUGAGUUAUCAUACAGGCGCCGUGUACCAGCUGGACUGGUCCCCCUUCUAUCCUAGCUAUAUCCUUUCUGGCUCUGAAGAUAGUCGCGUUGUCCUCUGGGACCUUGCGCAGCAGACACGCCGCAAUGUGCUAGACGAUCAAUAUCCUGACUUACCCCCAGAAGUCCUUUUCAUUCAUGGUGGUCACACCACCUUCAUCACUGCUGUAGCUUGGCAUCCACUCAUACCCAACUUAAUUGGAAGCGCUGCCGAGGACAAUAGCCUCCAGUUCUGGUGGCCAUCGGCAGAUUACCUUAUGCCUUCCUAA